GCUAGUCGUUGUGGCAAGACGUCGCUGCUUCAUUACUUUGAUUACUUGUAGUGCCCUGUUGUUCCGUGUGUUCCGUUUUUCAUAUUUUCAUUAAAGAUAUGGCUUCACCUAUGGUUGAUUGGGGUCAAUACGCCGACGAACAUGACAAAUUGGUGUCGAAGGUGGAAAAUAUCACCUUGAACAAACCGAAUUCAACACUUGUCUCAUCUCCGACAUUGAAUGGGUCUUCCAAGAGCNAUGAGGAAGAUCAAAUCUCGCCGGCGGAGAAGUCGCUUCUACAAAAAAUCAUACGGAAAGGAUUGGUGGAGACAGUAAAUAAUGUAGAAGUUCGAAGAAAAGAUCCUAAUUCUCCAUUNUACAGUGUGAAAACAUUUGACGCACUUCACUUGAAACCUGAAUUGCUAAAAGGAAUCUAUGCUAUGGGAUUUAAUGCACCUUCAAAGAUCCAAGAAACUGCUUUACCUACUUUACUGGCUAAUCCACCACAGAAUAUGAUCGCACAGUCUCAGUCUGGUACCGGAAAGACAGCUGCGUUUGUAUUAGCCAUGCUAAGUCGGGUAGAUACGACAAAGGAUUAUCCGCAAGUACUUUGUCUGUCGCCGACCUACGAAUUGGCAAUUCAGACUGGCGAAGUAGCUGCAAAAAUGUCUUGCUUUUGUCCUGAGAUAAAGAUAAAAUAUGCCGUCAGAGGAGUAGACAUGACUCGUGGGUCGAAAGUCACCGAGCACAUCAUUAUAGGAACACCGGGAANAGUGUUGGAUUGGGGACAAAAGUUUAGAUUUUUUGAUUUGAGAAAAAUAUCUUUAUUUGUGCUUGAUGAAGCUGACGUAAUGAUCUCCACCCAAGGUCAUCAAGAGCAGUGUAUUCGUAUUCACAAAUUACUUCCCCGUACGUGUCAAAUGCUGUUCUUUAGUGCGACGUACACGUCAGAGGUNAUGAACUUUGCGGAAAUUAUAGUUGAUAAUCCGAUCAUAAUACGAUUACAAAAAGAAGAAGAGUCACUUGAUAAUAUUCGACAGUACUAUAUAAAUUGCAAAAAUAUAGAUGACAAGUACACCGCUAUUACUAACAUUUAUGGUGUAAUUACAAUUGGACAAGCAAUAAUUUUCUGUCAUACGAAAAANACAGCUAGUUGGUUGGCGGAAAAAAUGUCGAAAGACGGUCAUGCGGUGGCGAUACUGUCCAGUGACUUGACGGUGGAGCAAAGAAUUGCUGUGUUAGACAGGUUCAGGGCAGGCCUUGAAAAAGUUCUCAUCACUACAAACGUUUUGGCCAGAGGUAUUGACGUCGAGCAAGUGACAAUAGUAGUUAACUUUGACCUACCGAUGGAUCAGAAGCGACAGGCCGAUUGCGAAACGUAUUUACACAGAAUUGGACGAACGGGUCGUUUCGGCAAAUCGGGUAUCGCUAUUAAUCUAAUUGACUCGCCGCACGCGAUGCAACUGUGCAAAGACAUAGAGAAGCACUUUGGCAAGAAAAUACAUUAUCUCGACGCGGAGGACGCGGAUGAGAUUGAAAAAAUUGGCGCUUAGGUUUAUACAUUUUUUAUAUUGUAACGAAUAUGUAAUAUACAAUUUUUAUUAUGGACAUGUAUACUCUUAGGCUUUACUGUGAUCUAUUGUUAAGGUGUAUUGUAUUUUAUAUAAAAGGAGAAUGGAAAAUUUUUUUCCAUUAAUAUAUAUUGGAAAUCUGGUUUUUCA